AUGGGUAUUUUAGACGAUUCACAAGAAGGUUACAUCCUAGAAGUAGAUCUAUAUUAUCCUAGUGAGCUCCACGAUCUCCAUAACGACUAUCCAUUGGCCCCCGAGCGAAUUCAAGCUACUGCAGACAUGUUGUCCCCCUUUGCCUCAAAAUUACUAGAAGAUCUUGGGUUAAAAGGGACAUCGACUGAAAAACUUAUUCCUUUGAACCCCAAAACUAAAUAUCUUCUACACUAUCGCAACCUCAAACAAUAUCUCUCGUUAGGUAUGAAAUUGACCAAAGUCCACCGGGUGCUCUCCUUUCAACAGUCGCCAUGGCUCAAGACAUACAUCGAUUUUCCUGACGAACAAGGUACCUUUUAUCAGUCGGAACUCCAGAAGGUGGAAGUUCGUGAUGAUGACAUGUGGAAAGUGGAAAACAUAUUGAAGACCAGAGGAAAGGGACGAAACAAACAACACUUUGUGAAAUGGCUUCACUGGCCUAAGAAAUUUAAUUCUUGGAUACGCGCAUCUGACGUUACCGAUUUGUAG